AUGCGAGCAGCUUGCUCCUCACUGAUUUGGUACUUCAAUUUUUCUGUUGCGGCUUCGAUCGGCAGUCGAUUUCAUCGUUUUUUGCGGGUGCUGCAUCAGCAAUUGGUCGGUCUUCGAGUGCUCUUGGUCGCCCUUCCCAAAAGCUUAGAAAGGCCGCCAAAAGGAUUUUCAAGAUGCCCGGUGCCCGAAAUUGAUGAAUACUUUGAACUUGUUGCAAAAUAUGGCAAGCCACUGUUCAAGUGGGACAUUAUACGGCCUGCAUUCCUCUGGAAACUCGAGCAAACAAUAUCAGAGAUGUUCCAUGUGGAACGAGAAAUGAUGGGUCCAGAGGAAAACGCGGAACCAAACAUAAAUGGUGAUGAAAUGCGGCUUCAGCGAGAGUUCAUUUUGCAGAAAGCUGCCGAAUUCGAUGGGGCUCCGUUUACUUUCCAGAGGUUAUGUGAGCUGCUGCUGACCCCUCUUCGCCACUAUAAACGAACAGACAAGUAUCUGCGAGCGUUGGAGAAAACUAUCAAUGUGGUCACCACAAUCACUGAGAACGGGGAGCGAAUAACGGGUGUUGAGCUCUUUCCUGUGGAAGAAAACAACAGUCCAACGCAUGGCAUCGAGCAGCCCUUCUUUGUGCAG